GGUCGGUUGAGGAGAACCUGUAUAAAAGGCAGCUGACAACAGCCUCCGAGCCAAACACAAGCUUGUGCAGGUCCACGAAACGUCAGCCCACGGACUCUGCCUCUGCCCACUGUGUUCGCGUCACCACAGGCAAAAACGAUGGAAAUGGGCAGCCUCUCCACCGGCGCACAGACUACCCCAACCCCUGUUACGCACCAGCUCAACUGCUCCACCAUAGAUGCUUAUUCCCAGUUUCAUGUUAAUAUGGACGGGCAGAGCGCCGGGUCCUCCAAAAUCUUAAUGGCUUACAAAAACGCAUCACAGCACCUGAAUUCGUCGGGGAUUAAAGCUGGUUUGGGGAUAAUCAAAGCGGCCACGUCUCAAUGGAAACAAGACAAGAAGACGCGUUCAGGACCACCCGUGAGGCAACUGUCUACUGCCAGCAGCAGUCAUCACUGCAAAAAAUCUCCACUGGAUCACUUGGCAGCUCUGGUUCUACAUGGUCAGAGUCGGCACCACCAGAUUGGACAAGAGCAUCGACAAGACGCUCUUUACUCCACCAAGCCCCAGAACUGUAAGCGCAUAGUGGUUCUUGGUGCGCCCCGGGUCGGCAAGACCUCCAUCCUGAGACGGUACCUCCGGGAUGGAUUUGUGGAGGAGUACUCUCCCACCACUGAGGAUUUCCUCAGAAAACUGUUUCGCAUCCGCGGCGAGACCUACCAAAUUGACGUCCUGGACGCGUCCAGAGAAAGGGACUUCCCAGCCAAGCGGCGGCUGUCAAUCCUCACUGGGGAUAUUUUUCUUCUGGUAUUCAGUCUAGAUGACCGGAGCUCUUUCGAAGAGGUGUGCGUCCUACGACGGGAGAUCCUGGCUGCUAAAUCCAAACUCACCAAAACAACUGUGCCAGAGAUGUGUCCACAGCCACAGGUUCCACUGUUGGUCUGCGCCAAUAAGGUGGACCUCCCGGAGUCUGAGAGACAAAUAUCAAAGGCAGAGGUGCUCCAAACCCUCGGUGAUGAAUGUGCCUAUUUUGAAACGUCUGCAAAGGACAGCAUUAAUCUAGAGACAGUAUUCGAGGCUUUGGCAAAGCGAGGCGGACUUCCGACAGAAACCGGCCCGUCUCAACACAGAAAAGUGUCCCUGCGUUCGUACCAGGCAAUGCGGACCGGCCGUGUGGCAGGGAGGGGGAGCCAGGCGCCUGGUCCAUGCGGCGUCCUGUACCCACUUGCGCGCCGGCCGAGUUUUAGCACCGAUCUCCGACAAGUGAUUGGACCACACACGGCAAUGAAGCCGGUCAAAGCUCUGGACAAAUGUCCGAUUCAGUGAGAGGAAAAUGAGAGAUACAAGAAAGCAGCAACGGUUACAGUUACAA